AUGGCGUGGGAGCUUGCGAAUGAGCCCAGAUGCGCGGGAAGCACGAGCGUCGCUUCCGCAACAUGCAAUACGACGACAAUAACCACAUGGGCUGCUGAUAUAUCGUCGUAUAUCAAGAGUAUUGACAAGAACCAUCUCGUAGCCAUCGGCGACGAGGGUUUCUUCAACCAGCCUGGAAGCCACGACUACGACUAUGUCUACCAGGGAUCAGCAGGCGUUGACUUUGCUGCGAACAUGCUCAUCAGCUCUCUCGACUUCGGGACGUUCCACAUGUACCCGGAUGCAUGGGGCCACUCCGGCACAGGCGACGUUGCCUGA